AUGGGAAGACAAAGCAGUGAUCCAACUCCUGUUGCUUCCUCCAUUGCUCUCUUGCAGGAAAGAUUUAGACAGCUGCAAAGAGUGAAGGAGCAGAGAGAGGAAAGAGACCUUCUAAGACAAUUCUCGGGACCGGAACAGAUAACCCUAAUCAAGCAUUCUGAACCUGACAAGUUGCCAUUCCACCGUGAAACUAUCUUCACCUCGAGAUCAACGCUUCAAGAUUCACUAUCCCUUGGACUCAACCUGCAUGGCAAGCAUGCAGAGUUACAAGCCAUGAAGACCUCACCCUUAACAAAGUUGUGGUCCACUGAUCUCGCAAUAGUGAGCGGUGCAUCACACACUUCUGAUAAUUCUGAAGUUGAUACCUCUCUGCAUCUGUAA